AUGGACGGCGUCCAGAGUGUUGAGUGCAAGCCUCUGCUGGUCGACAAGGAGCUCCCCGGCCUGAGAGAAGCUGUGAUGCAACUAGUUGUAAAGGAGCACGAUGUGGAGACGCCACACGGGAGGGUCCACUGUACGAUGAAAGGGGCCCCUAAAGGGGAAAGGCCUGUUAUUCUCACCUACCACGACAUCGGACUCAAUCACAAAACCUGCUGGGACAACCUUUUCAACCACGAGGACAUGUCGGAGAUCAUGCAGCACUUUGCCGUGUGCCAUGUAGACGCUCCCGGCCAACACGAAGGAGCCAACACCUUUUCCACCGGAUAUGAAUACCCCUCAAUGGAUCAGCUGGCAGAGACCCUCCCCCUGGUGCUCAAGCAUUUUGGGCUGAAGAGCGUCAUUGGGAUGGGCACUGGAGCUGGCGCUUACAUUUUGACUCAAUUUGCUCUGGACUAUCCUAACAUGGUGGAGGGCUUGAUGCUCAUUAACAUUAACCCGUGUGCAGAGGGCUGGAUGAACUGGGCUGCACACAAGAUCAGUGGCUGGACUCAUGCUGAGCCAGACACCAUCAUCAGCCACCUCUUUGGAAAGGAGGAGAUCAACCACAACCACGACCUGAUCGCCACGUACCGCCACCACAUAUUGAACACCAUGAACCAGUUUAACCUCCAUCUUUUUGUCAAGUCGUACGAAAGUCGUAGAGAUCUUGAAAUUGAAAGACCUGUCCCUGGAAGCAACAUUAGAACUCUCAAGUGCCAUUCUCUUCUGGUGGUUGGUGAUAACUCUCCGGCAGUUGAAGCUGUUGUUGAAUGCAACACCAAGCUGGACCCUACCAAGACUACAUUGCUUAAGAUGGCCGACUGCGGAGGCAUGCCCCAGGUCGAUCAGCCUGCAAAACUGACUGAAGCCUUCAAGUACUUCAUCCAAGGCAUGGGAUACAUGCCCUCUGCCAGUAUGACCCGUCUGGUGCGCUCCCGUACCGCCUCGGGCUCAAGCAUCGCCUCCAUGGAAGGAAACCGCUCCCGCUCUCACACACACGACGGCAACCGCUCACGUUCCCACACCAACGAGGGCAGCCGCAGCCGCAGUCAGACCGCAGAGAGGGGGCGCUCUCACACAGAAGGUGCCAUGGACGGUGUGGACCAAUCCGUGCCCAAGUCCACCGAAGUGUCCUGCUAG